AUGUCAGAAUUAUUGAGACAAACUUUUGCUCAAGCUAAAAAAGAAGGCCGUAAUGCAUUGGUAACCUUUAUGACUGCUGGUUACCCAACCGUCGAAGAUACUAUACCAAUUUUGAAAGGUUUCCAAGACGGUGGUGUAGAUGUUAUCGAAUUGGGUAUGCCAUUCUCUGACCCAAUUGCAGACGGUCCAACUAUUCAGGUUUCUAAUUCUGUUGCUUUGGAAAACGGUGUCACCUUAAAGCAGACUCUUGAUUUAGUUCGUCAAGCAAGAGCUGAAGGUAUCACUAUCCCAAUUAUUUUAAUGGGUUAUUAUAAUCCUCUUUUGAAUUAUGGUGAAGAAAAAUUUAUUAAAGAUGCUGCUGAAGCGGGUACAAAUGGUUUCAUCAUUGUCGACCUUCCUCCUGAAGAAGCUCUGAAAAUUAGAGGUUAUGUUAGAGAAAAUGGUUUAAGUUUAGUACCACUGGUUGCUCCUUCUACUACUGAUGAAAGAUUAGAACUAUUAUCUCAUAUAGCUGAUUCUUUCGUUUAUGUUGUUUCAAGAAUGGGUACCACCGGUGUUCAAACAUCAGUUUCCAAUGAUUUGGGUGAAUUAGUCGCUCGUGUUAGAAAAUAUACUAAGGAUAUUCCAUUGGCAGUAGGUUUUGGUGUGUCAACUAGAGAACAUUUUGAAACUGUAGGUUCAUCUUCCGAUGGUGUAGUCAUCGGUUCUAAAAUCGUUACUCUAUGUGCGGAAGCUCCAACAGGCAAACGUUAUGACACUGCUAAAACAUACGUUGAAGGUAUUCUAAAUGGUGUUAAACAUAAGAUUUUAACUAAGGAUGAGUUUAAUAGUUUACACGAAAAGUCUAUCAAUAAUGCCAAAGCCUUGAACGAUAUUGCUAAUGAAUUUGACGAAAAACAUAAAUUCUCAGACAGAUUUGGUGAAUUCGGUGGUCAAUACGUUCCUGAAGCUUUACAUGCAUGUCUAAGAGAAUUAGAACAAGGUUUUGAAGAAGCAAGUGCUGAUCCAAAGUUCUGGGAAGAUUUUAAAUCUCUAUAUUCCUACAUUGGCCGUCCUUCUUCUUUGCACAGAGCUGAAAGAUUAUCUGAAUAUUGUGGGGGUGCCCAAAUUUGGUUAAAGAGAGAAGAUUUAAACCAUACUGGUUCUCACAAAAUUAACAACGCUUUGGCUCAAGUAUUGUUGGCUAAAAGAUUGGGUAAGACCAACGUCAUCGCUGAAACCGGUGCUGGACAACACGGUGUAGCUACUGCUACCGCUUGUGCCAAAUUCGGUCUAUCAUGUACAGUUUAUAUGGGUGCUGAAGAUGUUCGUCGUCAAGCUUUAAAUGUUUUCAGAAUGAGAAUUUUAGGUGCCAAAGUUAUUGCUGUCACUAACGGUACCAAAACUUUAAGAGAUGCUACAUCUGAAGCUUUUAGAUCAUGGGUCACCAAUUUGGAAACUACUUACUACGUAGUUGGUUCUGCUAUUGGUCCUCAUCCAUACCCAACAUUAGUUCGUACUUUCCAAAGUGUUAUUGGUAAGGAAACUAAGGAGCAAUUUGCUUCCAUGAACAAUGGUAAAUUACCAGAUGCCAUUGUUGCUUGUGUUGGUGGUGGUUCUAAUUCUACAGGUAUGUUCUCUCCUUUUGAACAUGAUACCAGUGUCAAGCUUCUGGGUGUUGAAGCUGGUGGUGAUGGUAUUGACACGGAAUUCCAUUCUGCUACUUUAACUGCAGGUAGACCUGGUGUUUUCCACGGUGUCAAGACAUAUGUCUUACAAGACAGUGAUGGUCAAGUUCACGACACCCACUCAGUUUCAGCUGGUUUAGAUUACCCAGGGGUUGGUCCAGAAUUGGCAUACUGGAAAUCUACUGGCCGUGCUGAAUUCGUUGCUGCAACUGAUGCCCAAGCUCUAGAAGGUUUCAAGUUGUUAUCUCAAUUGGAAGGUAUCAUUCCAGCUCUAGAGUCAUCACAUGCAGUGUAUGGUGCAGUUCAAUUGGCUAAAACCAUGAAACCAGAUCAACACUUAAUAAUCAACAUCUCUGGUAGAGGUGAUAAAGAUGUACAGAGUGUUGCUGAAGUUUUACCAAAAUUAGGUCCUAAGAUCGGUUGGGAUUUAAGAUUUGAAGCAGACCCUUCAGUAUAA